ACAUUUCUUGUUUAAAUACAAUGUCGUUAUAAUUGACAUUGAUUUUCUCUUUCUUCUUUAAUUUCAAGCUCCAUCACAAUUUCAUUUCAAGAAAGUUGGAAGCCUCAAUAUCAUGAUGAUUAUAUAUUUUUUGGUGUUCUAUAGGUGUUAUCCCGUUCGAGAUUGAGAAUCUUCAGAACAUGACUGAAUUUGCCAUUGAUCGAAACCAGAUUAGUGGCACAAUUCCCCUCAGUAUCUUCAAUAUUUCUUCUCUCCAACUUUUACGACUACAUCACAAUCAUCUGUACGGAAACCUUCCAAAAGAUAUCGGGAAUCUUACAAAGCUCAACGAACUGGAUAUCUCAGUCAACAAUUUAACAGGUAAGACUUGUGUUAGAAUUAUUUCGUGUGGUUUACCGCGAGAAAUUGGCAAAAUUUACCAACUGGAAGUAUUACAAUUGUACUCCAACUCCUUCACUGGUUUUAUUCCAUUAGAACUCUUUAACAUGUCAAAUCUUAUAGAUGUUGAUCUUUCAGAAAAUAGUCUGUCAGGCAGUCUUCCAACUAAUUUAGGUCAUGGAUUAUCCGUUCUUCAGACAUUUUAUCUCCAUACAAACUACCUCACUGGAACAAUACCCGAUUCCAUCACUAAUUGUUCUAAACUCAGAAUUCUCCAACUCGCUUUAAACCAGUUCACUGGUUUUGUACCUCAUUUUCUGGGUAACCUAAGACACCUUGAAUAUAUAACCCUAGCCGUCAACUAUCUAAGGACCGAAUCAACUUCUUCGGAAUUGAGCUUCAUAACUUCCUUGACGAAUUGCAGAUCAUUAAGAGUGCUCGCAAUUGGUGAUAAUCCUUUAGGUGGCAUCCUUCCAGCUUCCAUUGGGAAUUUCUCUACCUCGCUGCAAAAUCGCAAAUUUAAGCAACCUUGUGAAACUUUCUUUAUACAUGAACGGGUUGUCUGCCAAAAUAAUUUUUUCGGUCCAAUACCUGAAUGUUUAGGAAAUAUCACAUCUUUAAGAGAUCUGUCUCUAGAAUCUAACAUGCUGACUUCAAGCAUACCAUCAAGCAUAUGGCGCCUCAGGGAUUUGAUGUAUUUAGAUUUCUCGUCAAAUUCUUUGAUUGGAUUUCUACCUCCAGAAAUAGGUAAUUUAUUGAAAACAAUUCUGAUCAAUCUAUCAAUGAACCAGUUUUCAGAGUCUAUUCCAAGCACAAUCGAAAAUUUAAUAUCUUUGAAUGCUCUGUCUUUGGCACAUAAUCUACUUGAAGGUUUUAUUCCCGAUUCAGUGGGGAGGAUGAUCAGUUUGAUAAGUAUAGACUUGUCUUACAAUAGCCUCUCCGGCUCAAUCCCAAAGUCUUUUGAAAAACUUCAAUACCUCGACUACCUUAAUGUCUCUUUUAAUGCUCUAAGAGGAGAAAUUCCCACUGGGGGUCCUUUCGUAAACUUCACUAUCGAGUCUUUUAAGGGGAAUGAUGAAUUAUGUGGAAUUCCAAGGUUUAAUGUACCACUUUGCCACCAUAAUGUUUUCAAACACAGGUCAAGGAUGAAAAAAAUGCGCUUAACUUUAUUUAUUGCUAGUGGAAUUGUUGCAUUGAUCUUGCUUCUCUCUUUGGCCUUCAUUUCCGUAAGAUACAAAAGAAAACAUAAGGCAAUCAAUGGAAUUGACGGGCUCGUUCCCGCUCUACCAGAAAGAAUUUCGUAUUACGAACUCUUACAAGCAACUGAACACUUUAGUGAGACGAAUUUAAUAGGCAUGGGGGGUUUUGGUUCCGUGUACAAAGCCGUUCGAAGAGAUGGGAGGAUUUCCGCUGUCAAGGUCUUUAAUUCGCUAUCGGAAGCUGCGUGUAUAAGCUUCGUAGUCGAAUGUGAAGUAUUGCGCAACAUUCGUCACAGAAAUCUUACCAAAGUCAUUAGCAGUUGCUCUAACGAGGAUUUCAAGGCACUAGUACUUGAAUACAUGCCAAAUGGAAACCUCAAAAAAUGGGUAUAUUCCCACAACUAUUGCUUGGAUCUCAUGCAAAGAUUGAACAUAAUGAUCGAUGUUGCAUGUGCGUUAGAAUAUCUUCACCAUGGCUAUUCGAUUCUCAUUGUUCAUUGCGAUUUGAAGCCAAGCAAUGUGUUGUUAGAUGAAGAGAUGGUUGCCCAUGUGAGUGAUUUCGGGAUAGCAAAAUUGUUGGGCGAAGGUGAGAGCACUAUGCACACCAACACCCUAGCAACAAUGGGAUACAUUGCACCAGAAUAUGGUUUGGAAGGGCUAGUAUCGACAAGGUGUGAUGUUUAUAGCUAUGGAGUGAUGUGUUGUGCGGAAUCUUCUGGUGAUAGAAUAGACAUGAAAGAAGUUCUAACCGAGCUGCAGAAAAUCAAAUGUCGAUUUUCGCGCAGGGAUUAG